ACUUUAUUAUGUAUACAAAUAUAUUAUUUGCUAUGAUUUGAUAAAUCUAUUGUCAUGCAGCCUGAGGUCACUAUAAACUUCGAACAUUUCUCAAAUUUAAGCUAGCGCUAUGCUUUUGGCUUUUUUUUGAACAAAGGGAGGCACACUCAAUUAUUGUGGACCAAAAUGUAUUGCUUUUAAUAACGGGACCGUACUUAAUUCAGCCUAUGCCUGGUUUUAGGUUAGAACUAGAAUGCUAAAGCGUGUGUGGAAAAGGUGUAUGGAGUUUAAAAAGAAAAUGCCAAUGGACAAAUGGAAACUUUUUCUAUCGACUCCAUCUGUGGCACAGAAAGAAAGGGCACUUGCUCUCAUCAGUUUGAUACACUACUUAAGCAAGGAACCUUAACAGUAUCUAACAAAAAAAUUUGGAAGAUGUCAUAUCGCAAGCACAAGAAACUGCUUUAUGUUAAUGAAGGAUCAGUAUGGAGAGCACUGCUUGAUGAAAAACAGAUGCAUCAGAUGCAGCAGCAAUUUCGAAAUCAAAAAAAGACAAUCAUAAUUCAAGAACGUCUUAUCCAAGUUCUAACACAAAAUAUAACAACUUUGAGUAAAGAGUUAGAGCUUCAUAACGAUAAUUUUAUAAAUCAAGCAACGCACUCCUAGAAAUUGAAAAAUCGUUGAAACAGCUUAUAAAUAUAAACAUAGGUAUGCAACACACCCCACACAACGAUAUUGGCGUAGCCAGCCUGCAAAUUUGAUCCAGCUAUGCAAUUUUUCUGUAUUCUUUCAUUGCAAAAAAUAAUAGGUCAUGAAUUGAAUGAUAA